UUCAUGAAGGAUCAAAUUGACUUUUAAAUAAUUUUUUAAUUUAUGGUCAGAAAUAUUUAAAAUGAAAAUCAUGAACUAAAAUUACCCAGGUAUGAAGAAAAGUAAAUAAAAAGUAAAAGAAAGAUGUGUGGGAACAGGUGGGGAGACCACCUACUGCGCGCGUCAUAGGCAUGGAUACAUUAAAACACCUUGAUGCCGGAUCCAAAAUGGCGCCCAUCCAUUCUACAGAAAAAUGCAUGGAUACAGGAGGCCACGGUCAAAGCGGUCGGCCAUUUUCUUGACGACUCGUCAACUUAAUUCUCGCCUCAUGACAUACAGUGUGAGUUGGAUAUGGAUCUGCUGUGCUGGGGUAGUGGAGAGCUUGGCCAGAAUGGAUGUGGCAGGCCAGGGGACAUCGGUCCAGAAGAAGCCCAUCUGAGAGAGUUCACAGCAACUAGGCGUGGCACCGUGAAGCUGCUGGCAUGUGGAUCCAGUCACUCCAUUGUGGUUACAGUGGACAACAAGAUCUUUGCUUGGGGAAAUGGCACUAGUGGACAGCUUGGAGACGGAGAGAGAGCAGUGAAGCACCAGACAGCCGAGGUGAAGUUGCCACAGGAACUGAACGUUAAAGGAAGUGACUGGAAUGCGGCUGUCGUCAAUAUAGUUGGUGUUUCCUGUGGAAGCAGACACUCCUUCAUAUGGACUCAAACUGGGCAGGCCUACGGUUUUGGGAACAACUUUUAUGCCCAGCUCGGCUAUGACUUCCAGAGGGCUGACUUCAAAGAGCACCAGCUGGCACCGCGUUUGUUCCAGAGUCUUCCAUCAUCUCUGAAAAUAUCUCAAGUGGCCUGCGGAGAGCGACACACUCUGUUUGCGCUGGAGGACGGCAGUGUGGUGGCAUGUGGGCAGAAUGAUUAUGGACAAAUUGGCAGUGGUUCUAAUGAAAAUGUGGUCGUCCCUCGCGUUGUGGAGUGUGUGGGCCAUGUGUCGAAGGUCACCUGUGGGGCAAACCACAAUCUUGCACUGACAGGUGACGGCAGGCUGUUUCAGUGGGGCUGUGGACCGGCAUGUGGGAACAUAAAGGAAAACAUCCUACUCCCAGAGGAAGUGACGCUACCAAGCUCGCCGGUGAGAGAGAUCGCAGGAGGAUGUUGGCAUAGCUUGCUCCUGACAGAUGGUGGGAAUGUCUUCUCCUGGGGGAUGGGGCAAGAGGGACAGCUUGGACUUGGAGAGGACAGGAUUCACAUCGCUACUCCUUUUCUUCUCGACUACUCCCAGCUAGCAGAAGUCAUGCAGAUACAGGCAGGGGACAGCUACAGUGCCGCUGUCACAGCAGGUGGAGAGCUGUUUCUCUGGGGUCAGAUCCCUUGUGUGUCCCGGGUCAGUGGCCAUCCAGGCCUCAAAAGGCUCCGGACCCCCCAGUCUGUUCCACUGGCAGGCAGAAAGGUGUGUGAUGUUGCCUGUGGUACCUGGCAUAUGAUGGCCCUCACCACAACGAGCAGAGAGGAGAACAGAGAAUAUGAUCACCCAGAAUGUGAAGCUCUCCUCAGAGACCAUGUCAGCAGUCCCCUACCGACGGAGCAUGCAGAGAAAGAAAACACAGUGCAAGACUUCAAGCACAGGAUUCGGGAUCUCAAACUGGAGAGACCAGAGGGCUCUGAGGAGCAGGAGAAAGAUGAAGAAAGUGAGAGUGCAGAGGAGGAAAAAAAACGCAAAGAAAGACCAAACAAAGAUGAGGGAGAUGGAGCGUUACAUGAUUCAGCGUUUGCCAUUGCCAGGUCUGCAACGGGGAUGGACAGGAGAGGAAAUGGCCACUCAUCAAUCACAUCUGACCAGGAGGGGAGAGGGAGAGGUUGCAGAACAGCAGGGCCCCUGGAGUUGAGGAAAGAACCACUCAGAAGCCGAACAAGCAGAGACGUGGUCUUCACCACUUUACAUCUUUUACCUAGGUCAGAGGGAGAGCAAUGCAGACCCACUGCCAGCACCCUGCCCCGUCUACUGAUGGGACAACAAGCUCAUAGCAGAGCUUUAGCUGAGGCUCAAGAGGAGAGAUCUACACAUCUGACUGAACUGCUCCAAAAAUCCAGGAGUGAUAGCAACGUUGUGCAGAAUCCCAAGCUCAGGCACAAACCCAGACCUCCUGAGAGAUGUACAGGUUCUGGGGCUCAGAGGGCAGCCUCUUGUCACCAUUCAAAAACAAGACUACACACUAAAAUUGAGUCUCCCAUUUACAAUUCUUCUCCCCGUCUGACCCCUGGACAACAAAUUCAGAUGUCCCCUUCCUUCCAGCAAGUCGAAGCCUCUCUUUCUCCAACUCGUUCCUCAUCUGAAACAUCCAGGUACUGUCCUACACACAGAAGAGUGGUUUCUUCCUUUAACACUUCUUGGAAUAAUCUAUAAAAAUCCACAGACCAGGUCUGUCCACCAGUGGACCCUUAAUAUUUACCUGUUGUUUUAAUGCUUGAAAUGUAUAUAUUUACCCUUUUAUGUCAGUUUAUGUCAACUACAUGAAAUCAAAAUAUAUUUAUUGUACAACCCCCCAGAUAUAAUACACAACUCAUCCAUAAAGUCAUUAGCAUUUUUUCCCAACAGUCCCUGAAAAUGACUGGCUAUGGAGAGAGAAUGUGCACUCUAUUAUCUACUAAAUAAUGUUUUUUCUGGAGACCACAUACAAAGCUAAAUACUUUUGGCUCCAAGGUGACUGACAAACAGUCUCUUUUGCACUGCAAGAGCUCUCCAAAACAGACUCCAGAUCAGCAUUAAAGGGCUCCACUUUACCCCACACUGUGAUUUGGCAAAUAUGCUCCUCUUACAAACCAACUCAGUCAAUGACACUCAUGAACCCUAACCUCAUCUGAAAGCAUUAGACUUUUGUCUUACAGUCAAAGCUGCGUGUAGGAGAUGCAGAAUCCUUGAAUCACCACAUUUCAACAUGUCAACAGAACUUGAGAGGGCUGAGUUUUUUUUUUUUUCUUUUUUGGAAACCCUGCACACUACCGAGCCACAUUCAUUUUAAUACUUACAGUAUGUUGUUUAUUAAAGACAUAACGCCCUCUCAGAUCUUGGCCUCUUGUAAGACAUUUCACGGUGGAGUGUUUUCAUGGCUGCCCGUUUCUGCAGUAUGAGUCACAUGUGCAUGCUACUAUGGCUCUUUUGAGUGUGAGGAAAUUGAUUUGUUGUGGAGAUAAUGCUAUAUGAUGAGGUUUCUCUAAGUAAGUAGGAUCAUUACAGGAAACAGAGCUCCCUUUGAGUUUGCUUUGCUCUUUGCUGUGUUUUGUUCUUCAUGUUUCUUAGAGAGACGUCCCUCAUUAGUCUUGCACUGUACACAAACUGCUUCUUUGCCACAGUGUCAACCACAACCACAUGGUAAUUCCUCUUCCAUUUUAAGUAGCACAUAUAAUGUUUUUUUUUUUCAUUAUUUACAUUUAACAGAAAGGACCUUUUUGUUAAUAACUUGGUGCUGUGUAACAUAUUAACAGUGCUGGUUUAGAUUAAUCACUCUGAAAUGUAAACAAAUAAAAGUUGAAUGAAUUCUUUGUAAUAUUAAUAUCAAAAUUAAUACUGCUACUAGUACUACUAAUGAUAGCAAUAUAAUAACAAUAAGUAUUUUACCACAUUAAGAGCUGAUUUUACGUUGAUAAAUCAUUGUAUGAAGUUUUCAACUUAUGAGUUAUGUUGACAUAUCGAUUGGAUAUUUUAUUGUUCCUGUUUUACUUUCAUCACAGUGUUGUCAGUUAAGUUGGACAAAGAAUACAUAUACACGCCAAAGCUACUUAUUACUUUUAUCCCAGUUUCUAAAGGAAAGAGAAGGAUACUAAUGUUAAUUAUGUGAACCUAAGCAAAGGUAUUUAAAAGAAUACUGAAUUGCUACUCCUGGAAAAUGAUCACUAAAAUAAUAAGUGCUUUUGAAUUGAGUCUUAGAUCUGCUUUUGUCAGCAACAAACUCAACACUGACUACAUACAGCCAUACAGUACUGAUGGCAUUGAGACAUCCAUCCUCAUCCCACCCCAUCGUCUCUUACACUCCCCACGGUUUGUGUUGGAGCGUGUGAGUAAGUGUUGGUUGUGUGUAUCACGUCUUUGCCCUGCGAGACUCCUGCCAAUCGAUUCAAGGUGAGAUCUGUCGAUUAAACACCCUGAGCCGUGCUCUCUACCUAACCCCGGGGUGAUUCAAUCCUACCCCUUACACACACAUAUACACACCAGUACACAAACACACGCACGCAUACACACCAACUUCAUCUGUCAUCCAUCAAUACUUCCAUCGGGGCCUGUAUUGAUCCCCUCCAUCCAGCGUCUUCACCCCAUGCAGUACAACAUCAGGGCCAAGACGACGUCUGUGCAGGUUUAAUUUCUGACAGAUUUACAAUAAAGCUCAAGCUAUUAUUUAACUCUUCCGGCCGCAGUGUGCUCUUUGAUUUAGCACCCUGAGAGAGGAUGAGUUACAGCUGACAUGGAGAAUCUGCCGGGGCUGGAAUGGUAGGCACCCGGUUCAUAACUCAGCCGCCGAAUGUGUAGUUAGUCAAUCACUUGAUCUGUAAUCACAAAUGCUGCCAGAAAUUACAUGAGUGAUGAGCUGUAAUAAAAGCACUUACUUUUCCUGCUCUGUCUCUUAAGUGU